ACGGAUUGGACCACACUAUGACCGGAGGUGCUGGGAUCGUUAUCAGCAAGCACAAUCACACACGUUGAAGCAAACGCAGCCACCUCAGGUGUUGCCGGCCGAUGCAGUCAUCCGCAGCGCCAAAUCAUACUUCGGAAUACGUUCAUCGUAAACGAUCGUGGACUGAUAGGGAAGCGAUCUGUCGACCAAACGCACAUGACGCUGGGUUGCACUUGACUGAAUCGACAUUACUUAACACUAUGAAUACUAUGGAUGUUCCUUUUCCUCCAUUAAAGCGAGUGGCGAAUGAGCGUGAAAGAACUCGAACCGCCAGUGUGAAUGAUGCGUUCCUAAUGCUUCGAAGUUUAAUUCCCACGGAACCGAUGAAUCGGAAGUUGUCCAAAAUCGAAACUUUGCGAUUAGCCUCGUCGUACAUCUCUCAUCUCCACGCUGUCCUGGUGACCGGCACCGAUCCAGCAGAGCAGCCGUGUCUAAGACAUCAACAACUGCCUCCAUCCGGAUGUGCGUUCGGCCGCUGUCCAAUCGGAACCCCUGACAGACGAACAUCAGGAGGAAAAGAACAGCAGCAGCAGCGUCCGGUGUGCACCUUCUGUGUCACGGAAAUGAAACAACAGCAGAAACAGCAGCAGCAGCAACAACAGCAACAGCGAACCAUGUCCGAGUUGCACAGAGAAACUACCUUUUCAUGAGUUGCAACAGUUAAUGGACACCCAAAAGGAAAGUUACCGUUUGAACGCCUGCAUUGUAUAUGAGGGUCCGUUUGCCACUUCUUUCUGCAAUUGUACAAUUGACACGUUUUUCUAUCCUAGUCAACGAGCAAUACUAGUUAGGGGCACAUUCAGGUUACAUUGAGAUUCGGCGUCCCAACUGGUGAACUGGACACUGUAUCAUCCUCGUUGACUAGAGCCGAGAUUUGUGCCCAAACUCCGCAUCGUUCUCACUAUAGAACUUAGUGAAUGCAAUAAAUUCUUGC